AUGGGCAAACGUACCAACACUUCAGCACGCCAAGGUUUCCGCGUCCAGCAGACAUCGGAGGAUGUCAUCAUGGAGAUCCUAGAAGAUUUGGCCAGGAUUGACUCCUCCCUACUGGCACGAUGGCAGAAGAUCAACGCCUUGAACACCUUCCUGAUCUCCCGUAUUUUAUUCAUUCUGAGGGGAUCUGCUGUGGCAAAGUGUCUCUUGUUCACAAUUAUCCCAAAGUACUUGACAGGCUGUUUGGGAAUUAUUUCACCCAUUGCUGAAACACAGCCUCUUCGUGGAACACGGCAACUAGUUAACUGCACACAACAGUUCAGGACAGGAAACAGACUGAAGAGAAAUUUUGGUAGGCAGAAUGUAAUUACCCAAACUGGAAUUUGGUUGAUGUUCAAUUUGCCUCAGGAAAUGGAUUUAAUAGCGAUUGCAGUUCGACAAACACAAGGGAAAGGUCGUGGUGGAAAUGUCUGGCUCAGUCCUGUGGGAUGUGCUCUAUCAACAUUACAUGUUUCCAUUCCUUUGUGUUCCCAGCUGGGACAGAGAAUUCCUUUUAUUCAGCACCUGGUGUCUCUGGCUGUGGUGGAGUCCGUGAGAUCAGUACCUGGAUAUCAGGAUAUUGACCUGCGAGUGAAGUGGCCAAAUGAUAUUUACUACAGUGACCUCAUGAAGCUUGGUGGGGUUCUGGUAAAUUCUACACUUAUGGGAGACACAUUUCACAUACUUAUUGGCUAUGGAUUUAAUGUGAAUAAUAGCAAUCCCACCAUAUGCAUCAAUGAUCUCAUCAUGGAGUACAAUAAGAAAAAUAUGACAAAACUAAGGUCCUUAACAGUAGACUACCUGAUUGCUAGGAGUGUAACUGUGCUGGAAAGACUGAUAGACAUAUUUCAGGAAAAAGGACCUGAUGGAGUUCUUCCCUUAUAUUAUAAAUACUGGAUACAUGCUGGUAGGCAGGUCCGUCUCUGGAGUGAAGAGGGCCCAUUAGCAUGGAUAGUUGGAAUAGAUGAUUGUGGAUUCCUUCAAGUUCAUGAGGAAGGCAAAGGUGUAGAGUCUGUGCACCCAGAUGGCAACUCAUUUGACAUGCUGAAAAACCUUAUUAUCUCAAAGCAGCAGUAGACCUUAGAGUUGUUGAAAAAGUUGCUCUAAGAAGAUUGUUCUGUAUUCAGCACCUAGCAGCUGAUCUUGGCUAUACACAAUAUAUCAAACUGGAAUGAUUUGGAGGUGAAGUGUAAAAGCUACAUAUUACAUUUUACAUUAUUGUUUCAUUUCUGUUGUGUUUUCUAGCCAGUGGCCCUAAGGACCAAUUAGUAUUUUCUAUGCGUUUUUCAUGUUGCAUAUUUUUAAGCAUAGAGGUGAGAGGUAGCUUAUGAUUAGGAAAAAUCAAUUUUUUACCAAUCUUUAGUUUCUUCUUUCUUAACAUGGAUAGCUUAGUUGAAAGUUGCUACAAAAGUUAGUGUUAUCCCAUUACUGGAGACCCGUAAUCUUUUGCUAAUUGCUAAAAAAUUCACUAAUGGUAUUGUUUGUUAUAAGCAUUUACAGUAGGGAGGUAUUUGCAAAGGAAGAUGUUAAGCUCAUCAUUAAUUCAAUAUAUUUAAGAAACUAAAAAGACUGCAUAUAUUUGUUUUUAAAAAAAUGUGUUUGAAUAAUGCAUCUAUUGUGGUUUUGCUUUGGGUAUAAGCAGUAAAAUGUUUAAAUUACUUACUAUGAAAUUUUAAAGAAAUGAGUUCUGCUUAUGUCAGCUGUGGAGGGGACAUGUGAAAGAACUCACCACACACCCAUAAGGGAAAGUGGGAAGAAUUCUGCAAGUUUAUUAAGUUAACUGUAUACUCACUGUAUACUUAUAGUUCCUCCCACCCUUUAGAAAUAAUGAGCAACUUUGCUGAUUUGGCUCGGCUCCCAGUGGGCUUCUAUAUCCUUUCAUCAUUCUGUAACUGGAUCUCUGGACUGUAGGCCCUUUGCACCUCUCUUGUGGCGGCCUUAUGCUUGGACAUCCCCACCAGCAGUGCCUGUGAACUGGGUUAAUUUAUAACCCCCAAAAUAUAGAUAUUUUCUGCUUUUCUUAGCCUGUUAACUAGCUCUGAUUCUUAGUAAACCACUCCAUGCUUCCUUGUAUAUAGGUCUUUCUUUCAAGAGCUCUUAACCCUCCACAAGAAUUGCCCACCACAUAUGCAAUUAGUGAAUCACUUAGUUGUCAUCCCCUAUGCUAUUGGCCAUCAAAUACUCAGUCCAAGAAUUGAUAUCAGUGUUGACUGUACUUCACUCAAUCCCUGAGAGGUGAACCCCAUCCAAAUGAUGAAAUAAGAGAAGGAACCUUGUUCUUAAUGUCUCCUUUGCUAGCAACUAUUCCAGUGAGAAAAGCACAAUGAGGGGGCCUCUGUUCCAACCAUCUCUCUAAAAUCUCUUUUAUUGUACUUUCAUACUAUUUCCCAAAGCAAGCCUCCUAUUGUGGUGUUAAUAAUUGAACCCAAGGGAUUUAAGGAUUGUUUAUUUGAAAGUGUCCUGCAGUCCAGCCUCCAAACUUACCUAAUUGCUGUAGAGGUUGGGUCAGAUACAGUAGAUAAGACAGUAUGUGGCUGGAGGGCAUAGGUGAGAAGCUGAACUUGAGCUCCCAACUGCACAUAUAUGCUUUCAGGUUCUUCUCCUGGACCAGUCCAAUUUUCAUUUACAGCCUGGUCACCUGAGCAAUGGACCUCAAGCCAAUCACCACACAUCAAUAGAUGUCAGGUGUGACCUGGCCAAUAGCCAGCUAUGUCUCCUAAUGUGGACUGCCAUUGGUUAUUACUACACCCUUCCCUGAGGAAGCUUGGCUUAACCAAGUGGGUUCUCAUAAAUACAUUCCUGUCUUCUAGCCAGAAAUGGAAUUUAUGGGUUAAAGUUCACUUCAUAAAUAACCAAUAUAAGGAGAUCAGCUCAAUUACAAAUCCAAGAAAUCGUAAAGGAGAGUUGGCCUGUAAUGGUAGAUUAGAGUAAUCCUGACUUACUGGGAUUUGGAUGCUUUGUCGGUAAAUUGCUAGUGAUUAAGUUUUCUGUGUAUUUAAAGUGAGGAUUUUGCCCUCCAUGUCAUAGUUUCUUUCAUUUUCUGACUUACAAAACAGUCAGUUUCUUACAUCAGACAGGACUGCACACCAAAAAAAUAAUAGAAGUAACACAGUAAACACUAAAUAUUGAAUGACUUAUUUAAUAAUUCUUAUUUAAUGUACUAUGUGUAAACAAUAAUGCCCAACUUCCCUCUCACAAGAUCUUGGUUAGAUUUUAAUACUACUUUGGGCUGGGAACUUUUGACUACUGACUUAUAGAUAUACAUGAUUAUUUAUUUUUAAUACUCAUAUUUAAGUUUGAGCUACUAAUCUUAAAUACUGAGAGGAACUCUUGCAAUAUAGUGUUCUCUACUCUUCUCUUCUUCGCUACCUUUUCUUUAUACGGUUUAUGAAUGAUGUAUGUUGCUACUUGUCAACUGCAGAAUUUUGAUAUUGCUUUUUACUCCUUGCCACCAUUCCCAGCUAUAAACAGUGAAAAGAAAAUUCAACAAUGCUCUUGGUUCUUCUUGGUCUGGUUUAUUUCAUCAUGAAAACCUUCCCUUAAUGCAGAGCAGUACUUUCCCAAUCUGACUCUUGUAUAGCUGAAUUAAUCUAGAAAACUGCUGUUUGUGCUGCAGUCCUUAAUAUAAAACCUGACUGUCACUAUCAUGGCACAGUCAGGCAUCUUUUUUGUAAAGCAGAAUUAACACACUUAGGGCCAUAUCAUACCACUGAUUUUUUUUUUUUUUUUUUUUUUUUGUCUGAGCAGAGUUGAUCUGAAUGUGACUUACAUUUGAAAUGUGACAAUAUAUGGCCUAUUCUGUAGUGAGAUCAAUAGCAACAGUAGUUCUUCUGAAAAAUUCCAUAUGAAAUCAUAAACUUUAUAAUAGAGAUUAACCUUAAUAAUAAAAAAAUUCACUAACAGGACCAAGUACUAAUUUUGCCCUAGAUCCCUAAUUGCCCCUUCAAGGAUUGAACUCACAACCCUGGGUUUAGCAGGCCAAUGCUCAAACCACUGAGCUGUCUCUCACCCACAGUCCUGAACCACAGUCCCCUGAUUGAAAUACACCCAAACUUCAGGAAAUUUUGAUCCAGAUUUGAAUGUUGUGGUGUGCCCUGAUCUCGGUCAUGGACUGAUCCAAAACCCUGGAUACAAACACCCCAAAACAUUGGGAACAUUUGGAUCAACAUCUAAGUCCAAAAUGUGCAGUUUAAGCCCAUGUAACACUUUACAAAUCCUCAUUGACUUCUUUGGGACUCGGCAUAGGAAUAUAGGCCUGCCCACAUGGUUUGGUAGGGCUGCAUGGGUAUAAAUACCUCCCACCCCCCACACACACUCUUUCGGUCAGCAGGAGGAUAAUGCAGCAACCCUCAACUGACUUGGCCCCAACUGCUUUCUGCCAUUCCUGUCCGUACCUGUAAACUUCCCCUUUCUCCCUAUCUGCUGAAAGGGAGCCGUUAAAGGGGCAACACCCCUUUUCCUCCAGCUAGCUGGACAAAGACCCACUUGCAUGAACGUUGCAGUAGGCACAUUAUCCCAAUAAAAAGACUAAGGAGGAAAAUGUACUCCUCCUGUGGGCCGAGGUGAGUGUCUAUAAAACUUCACUUAGCUGAAAUGCCACAGGACCUGUAGAGCAGGCAGAUAUAUAUCCUUAACUAUAUAAUAAAAUGCCAACAGUUUUUCAUAGCUCCUGUCAUUGCUUUUUGGAUUUCUGUGGGGGGUUCUUAAUGAAAACCAUGUUUUGUUUAUGUUUUAUGCUGUAAUGCUAUUCUGGACAUGUCUGCAUUGGAAAAAUUAUUUAAUUUCCUUUUUGUAAAUGAAAACUAAUGAAGUGUGGACAUGUCAGAGCACAAGUAGAUCAUGUGGGAAUACUACUUUUCCUUUACGCUUUUUAAUGGCUUGUUCUCGUGUGUACAAGACUACCUAUUGUCUUGAGAGGGGAAAAACAGCCUUCAGUAGGAUGAAAUAUUUGUCAUAAACCUGACUUUUGCUUCAGAUGUACCACAGAAUUUUACAAAGCAAAUUCCUGUUUUAUGCAGAACAGCUGAGUAAGGCCAUUCUGACCAGCAGCUGUUACUGUCAAGAAAGCCUUUUUAUUCUACACUCAUCUUAAGGUAUAUGGGGAACACAGUCGGUAAUCUCAUUGUUUUUGUGCCAAACUUGUGUUUAAAAAAAAAAAAAAGUCAGAGUUUUUGUAUAACUACUACUUUUUUUAUUAAAAAAAAAAAUCCCUAUACAAAUUAGAUAAAACAUAGAAAUAUGUAUGGGCAAAGGUAGGAAGUCAGCCAUCCCAAAAAUCUGGAAGUAUCACACUGAAAAUGUGUUGCUGUUAAAAUAUCCAGAUUAGUAAAACAUCUAUUUCAUUUUUAGGCUGAUGUCACAUCUCAAACAAUUUUCUUGAUGAAGUGCUGUCAAAAGUAUUUCAUUAUGGUACCCGUAUUUCUUGCAAUUUGAGAUUUUCUCCUGGACUCAGAUAUAAAACUCCUCAUUAGAUGUGAAAAUAGUUAUAGAGACUGUAUAUUGAUAGCAAAACUUCUGCUGAGCAAGUGUGGCUGGGGGAGGAGGAGGUGUGUUUCUCUCUGUCUCUCUCUUUGGAAAGAGUGAGACAGGGACUUGUAGCCAGGCAGAACUGAUACCAUUUCCAGUGUUUUUAAAAUUAUAUCAGGCACUUAGAAUUAAGAGUUCAAGAUCUGAGCAAACCUCACUCCUGUUAUGAUGUUUUAUAAGCGUUUGGUGCAUUUUCAAAUAUAUAUCCUGCAAGAUUAAUAUACCUCAAGGGCUGUUAUCUAGAAAUUGUAUUGAAAAAUGUUUAAAUCUUUAUGCUGUAGCUCAAGUAUUGCAGGUAAGAAAAUAUUUUGGUUUUGGUGUUUUUUGGCGGGGGGAGGCAGUUAAAGAUAUUUUGCUCUUUUUGAUUCAGCAACAGGACCGUAGUAAUUUGAAAAAAUACAAUUCUGAAACUAGUUGGGGAACUAUGACGAAACAUAUAGUUAUGCAAAAAAUACAGCGCUAAAAUAUUUGGCAUGGAAAGGAGUAGUACAUAACCCAUUCUUCAGUUCAGCUUAUGUCUUUUAGUGGGGAUAGAUUCCAUCAUUAGAACCUAUUAAAACUAGCUGAUUUCCUGGUGAGCUGUAUUUGUGGAUAUCACAUGCAUUUUUCAGCAGUGUUUAUGCUACUGUAGUGGACCGGUACCAUGGUGUUAAGCUGUGAUGAAGCUGCUUUCUCACCAUUAACAGAUCGGUCUUAGCCGAAGAAUUUACACAUUAGAGUCCCACAAAUAGUUUAGGAAAAGGAGUUGCAAUCAAAUGCUGUACAUUUGUGAUGUAUUUAAAAUACUCCAUUGGUAGGCUUUAUUCAGCAGAUAGCCUUAUCUUUAAGGACUGAAAAUAACCCUAUUUCUAUAAAACUGCUAUGCAUAGUUGGAAUAAAAUAAAUUAAAUCUUUGCAUUUUAUAGUUUGAAAGAAUUAUCUAAGUUAAUGUUGUCAAAGCUAUGAUUACAAUUAAAAACUCUAA